GUUGUAUCCUGGCACGAUCUCGGUAUCCUCUCGAUGCCACGAGAUCGCCAGCAAAUAUACACCUCGAUUUGGUCCAUUACUUGCCUUCUGGUAUUUGGCUUCCCGGAGAUUUUAUGGGUUUCUUUGGUUACGUUCAACCUUCGCCUUCUGAUUCAUUUGGCACGUGUUUCUUGGUAGCGGUGUUCAUAGUUAAUCUCAACUCGACGCCACGCUACAUUACUAUAUUAUUCAUUUAUUUAUACACAUCA